GGCGCUUCGAUCGCACUAAAGGAAAAGGGAAAACUCGCACAGCCGUGAAAACACACAUGCGAGUUUCGUUCCGUAAGAGAUUGUAAUUGACGUCAUUAAUUGCUAUACCAUUUGGCAAAAUGAGUGUGGACACUUUUGGGCCCAAUUCGCAAACGCUCACGUUUCUCGACACCGAGGAAAAUGAUUUACUUGGGGCAGACACUCAGGGAACUGAUUUCGAUUUUCGCGAUUUUACUUUGCCGAGUCAAACCCAGGCUUCACAAAUUGAUCAUGCCAGCCUUCACAAAUCAAUGGGAAAACAUCAGGCAAAUGGGCUGGACACGAUUGAUUCUCAACUUGCAACUGCAAUGAAAAAUUUGAACGAUCUCCAGUUUGAGGAAGAAGACGAAGAGGGCUAUUACAGCAAAGAUUUGCCACCACAUGCAUGCAAGUAUUGCGGCAUCCAUGAUCCUGGUUGUGUUGUAAUGUGUAAUGUUUGCAAGAAAUGGUUUUGCAAUGGCAAAGGUAAUACUUCUGGCUCUCACAUUGUUAAUCAUCUUGUACGAGCCAAACACAAGGAGGUUACAUUGCAUCGUGAUGGACCGUUGGGUGAAACAGUUUUGGAGUGCUAUUCUUGUGGAGUCAGAAAUGUUUUUGUUUUGGGGUUCAUUCCUGCUAAAGCAGAUUCAGUUGUUGUGCUGCUGUGUCGCCAACCUUGUGCAGCUCAGUCAUCAUUGAAAGACAUGAACUGGGACAUUGAACAAUGGAAACCACUUAUAGCUGAUCGUUGUUUCCUCAGUUGGCUUGUUCGAAGCCCUUCAGAGGCCGAACAGAUGAGAGCUCGUCAAUUGACGGCCCAGCAAUUGAACCGUUUGGAAGAGAUGUGGAAAGAGAAACCUGAGGCUAGUUUUGAAGACCUGGAACGUCCUGGCGUUGACGAAGAACCUCAGCACGUAUUGCUGCGAUAUGAGGAUGGCUAUCAAUAUCAGAAUAUUUUUGGUCCGCUAGUGAAACUUGAAGCAGACUACGACCGACGAGUUAAAGAAGCCCAAACUCAAGACAACGUUCACGUUCGCUGGGAUGUUGGUCUUAAUAAAAAGACUGUCGCUUACUUUAGUCUUCAAAAGACAGAUAGCGAUAUGAAACUGAUGCAUGGUGACGAAUUAAGAUUGCGUUACCUUGGGGAACUACACAAACCGUGGACUGGUUUGGGGCACGUGAUUAAACUUCCAGACAACUACAGCGAAGAAGUCGGAAUUGAAUUAAAGAAUUCAAACGGAGCUCCUACAGAAUGUUCCACAAAUUUCGUCGUGGAUUUUGUCUGGAAAUCAACGUCUUUUGAUAGGAUGCAAUCGGCCCUGCGGAAAUUUGCAGUUGACGAAAGUAGCGUUUCAGCUUACAUUUAUCAUCGUUUGCUUGGUCACGAGGUUGAAGAUGUCGUAUUCCGCCUACAUCUCCCUAAACAUUUCUCUGCUCCUGACUUGCCUGAGCUGAAUCGAUCUCAGGUUUUUGCUGUAAAACAAGCAGUUCAACGUCCAUUGACUUUAAUUCAAGGACCUCCUGGUACCGGGAAAACGGUUACAUCGGCCACCAUCGUGUACCAUUUGGCUAAACUAGGAUCAGGGCCAGUAUUAGUUUGCGCUCCGUCCAACAUUGCUGUUGACCAAUUGACUGAAAAGAUUCAUCGAACUGGUCUGAAAGUGGUCCGUUUGUGCGCGAAAUCCAGAGAGGCCAUUGAUUCACCCGUCUCGUUCUUGGCCUUGCAUAAUCAAGUUCGAUGUCUUGAAGGAGCUUCAGAGUUGCGAAAAUUGGUCCAGCUUAAGGAGGAAGUCGGUGAGCUUUCACAGGGAGAUGAAAAGCGAUACCGCAUGUUAAAGCGACAAGCAGAACGAGAGCUACUCGAAGCAGCAGAUGUAUUGGCGUGCACUUGUGUUGGUGCUGGUGAUGUUCGCUUGGCUCGCAUUAAGUUUGCAUCUAUCUUGAUCGAUGAAUCAAUGCAAGCUACUGAACCUGAAUGCAUGGUCCCUGUCGUCCUAGGAGCAAGACAGCUCAUUCUGGUUGGAGAUCAUUGUCAGUUGGGCCCAGUGGUGAUGUGUAAACCAGCUGCCAAAGCUGGUCUCUCGCAAUCACUGUUUGAAAGACUGGUAGUACUUGGCAUCCGGCCCUUCCGUUUGGAAGUACAGUACCGUAUGCACCCAAGGUUGUCUGAGUUUCCUUCCAACUUCUUUUACGAGGGAUCACUACAGAAUGGUGUUUGCGCGGAAGAUCGAAUCCUUCGCGGGGUAGAUUUCCCUUGGCCAAUGCCAGAUAGGCCCAUGUUCUUCUACGUUACAUUGGGUCAGGAGGAAAUUGCUGGAUCGGGUACGUCUUAUUUGAACAGAACGGAAGCGUCAAAUGUGGAAAAGAUUGCUACACGUUUUCUUCGAUCCGGAGUCAAACCAGAACAAAUUGGCAUCAUCACACCGUACGAAGGACAAAGAGCUUAUCUUGUACAGUACAUGCAACAUCAAGGAUCACUGCAUGCUAAAUUAUACCAAGAUAUCGAAAUAGCUAGUGUAGAUGCUUUCCAGGGUCGCGAGAAAGACCUCAUCAUCAUGUCGUGUGUUCGCUCAAACGAGAACCAAGGAAUCGGUUUUCUCAACGAUCCCCGUCGUUUGAACGUUGCUAUGACUCGCGCCCGUUAUGGAAUCAUUAUUGUAGGCAAUCCUAAAGUGUUGGCCAAGCAGCCUGUAUGGAAUCACCUGCUUCACUUUUACAAAGAAAAUCAUGUUCUAACUGAGGGAGCUCUCAACAACCUCAAAGAAUCCAUGAUGCAGUUUCCCAAGCCAAAGAAACCAAUUAAUAGUUUUAAUCCUGGUCAGCAUUUCAUGUCCACAGCCGUCUACGACGCACGCCAGGCCAUGGUUCCUGGUUCCGUCUAUGAUCGUUCGGGUGGGGGUCAACCACCAAACAACAAUGGUAUGAAUACUUACAUACCUCGAGCCACGGCCAAUGUUGGAGAUCCGUACAGCCGUUUGCACGAUCCAAUCGGUUACAUUGCUCCAGAGAGGGCACAGGCCGCUCUUUCUGCUAUGCCCGUUCCCUUGGGUGUCUUUAUGAACAUGACGCACGUCCCGCCUAGAUUCCAUGGCCAGCAGCAACAAGGGAUGCAUGGUUCAUCCAAAUCCAAUCAGAGGCCAAAAGACAAUGCCCGAGGAAGUGGGCCUCGCGCUGGCAAAGCCGCAAGCAAGGGAAGUUCUUCGCUGUUUACACAGUCACUUUCGCAGAAUACACAGGAUGUAUCAACGCAGCCUUUCAGCCAGGGUGGCAUGGCUCUCACCCAAGGAAUGUCACAGGGGAUGUCGCAAACGGUCUCGGGCUUCGGAGCACUAUCGCAAUCGGGUCUAUCCCAGUUAGAUCCGUCACAAGACGCCUAUAUGUCAUCAGAUUAUCAGUCGCAAAUGGAUGGACUGCUCUCUCAAGACUCGACGUAUCAAGGGGGCCGUUCAGCCUUCUUCCGCCAUGGCUCUCAAUUCACGCAGCCAUACUGAAAACUGUAAGGCGUUGCAGUAAUAAAAAAGACCCUAAGAAAAUUGACGAUGACGACGCCUGGCGGCAGCCGACCGUAUUUGAAUUCAUCUUGCAGUUAAAGAUAAAAGAGAAAAGGGGAAAUCCAACGUUCAUCAACUGACAGCUCGAAAGACCUAUGCCCAUCUAUCAAAUGGCCUUCAACGUCGCACACCAUAAGCAGCACUAGCAAUCUGCCGUUGAAGCAAGAGAGCGGUGUCCAGACGAACGAGCCGAUAACGGAGCUGAUGGGCUUCAACAAAUUAAUGUCGAAAAAUACGGGAAACAACUGCUAUACCCAUACCAUCCAACAUAGUGGACCCUACCUAAGUCUGUUUCUAGUGGGUUGGAAGCCAACACAAAAUCCCUUCGACAAACGACGUUUUUUUUUUUCGAUAGAACGUCACCCAAAAUUAGAAUGCUUCUUUUGUAGGCCCCUCAGUUGAUAACGCGUUCGAAGCUUAGUGAACUGAUUUUUUUGAAUUGUUUAUUUCUCUUGACUUGUUUUCUCUCCAGUCGACCAAUGCUUUCUCUGUUUCCUUUCACGCUCUUCAGCUUUCUUCACCUUAUGCUUUUACAUGCAAGUUUAGUUGUCCAUUCAUUUCGCGAGGAUUAGUGUUGGGUUACUGGAUGUUCUCACUUUGCUGUUGCCGAGCCCUUUAAUAGCGCUCUUUUGUAGGAAGCAAUUUCACAUCGUGCGUUUUCUUUCCAUCUUGAUGGAGAAAAUCAGAUGGAAAGAAGAUCAGAAUACACUUUGUUUCACGGGAAA